AUGGAAGCUAAUGAUACAAUUUCUAAUCUUUCUGCUUCCGAUAAUGAGGUGAUGUCCUAUCUUAAAGAAAUUGCUUCUACUGAUAUACAAACUUUAGAUCUUGAAUUUUAUUUAAAAAAACUAACUCAUAUUAAUGAAAAUUUACGCUAUGAUGUUGGAUAUAAUGUUUAUGAAUUAUUGAUGAAUCGCCUUAUUGCUGAUGAAUCUCCAGAAGGAUUUCAUUUGAUGCGUUUGGCUCUUAAAGUUAUGAAUAUUACUUUGUCCAAUAAAAAUUAUGUUGUCAGUUCGGAUGAUAAAGUUGCAAGCAAUUUAAGUACUUUAUACACUAUUGAUGAUUCUUUUUUUAUUGAAUUAUUUCAAUUUGCCGAAAAUAGUAACAUUCAAUUGGUACGCGAAGCUUUAAAAAUGUUAUCUAAUCUUAUGACAUUCAAUAAACGUGAAGUUAGAGCUGCAAUCUUAAGAAUGAACAAAGGUUAUUUACUGAUAAGGAAAAACAGUGAUCCUGAUGAUAUUAUACAUGAUCAUGCCUGUCAAAUACUUUCUAAUAUUACACAUAAUGAUUCAAUUUUUGUUGAAUAUCUUUUUAACUGUGGUCUUUUUGCAUUUUGUUUAGAAUUAAUUAUAGAAUUAGAUUGUGAAGACCCAAUAGUUGGUAAUGCAUUUUAUCUUUUAGGAUGUUCAUUUAAAAAUAGUGCAUAUUGUUCACGUCUUUUUAUUAAUGAACUUACCUAUAAAAAUCAAUUAGCUGUUGCAGUAGCAAAAACAAUUGAUCCAUGUUUUUUUAAAAAUAAUGAUCAUUCUUUUACUCAAUGGACUCCAGAUAAAACAAGAAAUUGUUAUCAAGCAUUUUAUGCUAUUGAAAGUAUUCUUAUUCAUAAAAAUAGAUUAAGUAUAAAAAAUGAUGCACAAUUGGCAUUCCUUCAAACUGACCUGUUUUUUAACAUUGCUAAUUUUGCUUUCUUAAAUUGUACUGAUUUACCUGAAGAUAAUCUCAUCAAUAGAUCACGCUUUCUUAUUGCUCGUAUGAUGGAUAGUAAUUUUACCGCUCAAUCAUAUUUUAGUAAUAUGAAACAUUGUGACAUCAAUGAUAAAAAGUCAUCUUUCAUCAAUUCAACAAUAAACACAAUUGAAAAAUUUGAUACAGUCACUGAAAAUACAUUUGCCCUUUUAGAUGUUAUUGUUUCAUUUCAACAUGGAAAUGAAUUAUGUUUUGAUACAUGGUUUGGAACUCCUGAAGCAAAUUUUACUAAUGUUGCUAAACAUGAAGAAGAAAUAAGAAAAGUUAUUUUAGAUUUUCUUUUGGGAAGUGAUUCAUUUGAAAUUUGGGUAGCAACUGUUAUUUUAAAUAAUAUUCUUGUUGAAUGUCCUGAACGUUCUAAACAUCUUUGGAAUUAUGAAAUUAUUAAAGGUAAAAGAAAAGUACAAUUAUGGGAAGCUGUAAUAAUUCAAAUAAUGAAGAAUUCUGUUACUAUAGGUCCAGCAAAAACAGGACUACUUUCUUUUCUUUUUCUUGGAUUAAAUGCAAAUUUUGAUUGUAUGUCCAAAUUUUUAAAAAAAGAACCAUUUCUUAAAUUUCUUAGGGAUGAAUUUACUCAUUCAGUUGGUGAUGAAAAUUAUAAUCGCGUAAAUAAAGGUAUUGUUGCAAUGCUACUCACAAAUAUUUUUGCAAAUAAUCAAAAAAAAUCUGAAAAUGGAGAUAGUGAUCAUUUAUGGACAAUAAUUCAUGAUCAGUAUGGUUUACAAGAUCUUUAUAAUGCUAUAUAUGCUUUUACAAGCAUGCCUGAAUAUAUAUUUGCUUCCACUGAUGGUGAAUCUUAUACAAUGUAUCACAAUAAUGUUGUAAUGCUUGAUUAUACAUUUUGUCAAGUUAUUAAGAAAAAAGAGUUAUCAUUAUACAAAAUAUUAAAUAAUGAAGAACCAUGUUUAUUGGAUGCCACUACCAAAAAAAAUCCACAAUUAGAACCUUAUAUUGAAGCAUUAAAUAGGCAAGAUAUUAAAAUUUGUGAGCUUAUUUCUAAACUUGAUAAAUAUGAAACAUUGUUUGAUGAUCUUGUUACAAAAAUUGCAUCUAUUACAAAUCAAUGUAAUGUAACAUUAAUUAAAAAUCUAGUAAAUGAUGCAAAAAUAAAAGUCAAUGAAUCUUUUGAAACAUUUGAUGAACUUGAAAAUGAUGAACCAACUGAUAAUGAAACAAUUUAUAAACAGUCAUCUGUUAUUAAUACAAAUGAAAUUAAUAAACAAUCAAUUAUUUGA